GCCGCCAUAGAACGCCGUGGAGUUCGGCGCUACCAAACGAAAGCUCCGCUCUCCCACGAGCGUCCCGUUGGCUUCCAGUGUUAAAACAUGAAAAGCUGCGCCUGGCAGCGGGGGACAACAGUGUGCCGCCGAAGAUACCAACACCAACUAUUGGUAUCCGCCAGCAGAACUCACGCGCUACGCCGAGAGUACGAACUCCACUUUUGGCACAGUUCGCCCCCGCGGACUCCAUUCCGCACGCACACACUAUCGCAGCCGUAGAUGUUCGUGUAUGUGGGCUGCAAAAAGUCGAUUUUUCGCUAACAAAAAGUGUCCUGUCCUGUGUGGGCAAAACUUUAAAUGGCCCGGGCCAUAAAAGGAGAUUGCCAUAGUUGCGACUUGCAGUGGGAGAUGUCCUGCGAGGAGCUGCUGCGUCCGCGGUGCUGAGCUCGUUGGGCCGAGAAAAGUUUGUGCCAGUCAGUGCCCGUAUCCCCAGAAAAAAGCAUCCCCCUGCCAUUCCGCUGCUGUGAUGAGAUUGGUGAUAAUGAGUGCAACCAAAGGCCCCCAUGUAUCCACAUAAAAGCACAAGCCGAAAACAGACAACACCACGAUAAGUAGAAACGUCCAACCACCACAGAAGUAUUCACUGCCACGCACAACGACGGCGCGUCCCCGCGGAACGGGAGGAUCACGAGCGACAGGAUCUGGAGUGCCCAGCGACGCCGGGGCAAACUAGUCGGCCGUCAUGGCGGGCUGGCGAGGACGAGGGCUACGCGCCACCCUGCUGGCCGUGCUCGCGUUACUCUCGGUCACCCACUCGGUGCGCAUCACCAACCUGCGGGUGCCACGCACCUACACGCUGUUCCGGGACCACGAACCCGAUCCUCUGGUGCUCGACUGCGAGGUGGAGAUCGGGCCGCGGGAGCAGGGAUUCGUCCUCAAGUGGCUGUUCAACAACCACUCCAUCUACCAGUGGAUACCAUCGGUCAAGGGGUUCGCCAUGGGCUUCAUGAAGUCGAAGAUAGACACCAAAAUAUUCACUAUGGAGGGCAGUCCCGGUGUUAUAUCGAUAAAGAAUCCCGACUGGAACAUGACGGGGGAGUACACCUGUGCGGUGCAGACCUUCGAGUCCACGGAUAAGCGGAGUGCCCGCCUGCAAAUAAUCGUUCCUGAAUCGGAUUUCAUGCUGGAAGCGCGGAUGAGCGGCUCGCGUAUGGACGUGGACAUCAUGUGUGCGGUCCAGCACGUCUUCCCGCAACCCAUGCUGUCUGUCAUGUUUGACACCCACAUACUGGACUCGGUGCUGACGCAGUUGGACCAGGACCCCAGUGGCCUCUACAGCAUGACCGUUCGCACCCGCAUUCCUAGAGAUCAACUCGAGUCCCCCACCCCGAUCACCUGUGCGUUCAUCCUAGUUGGCACCAACUACACCAAGCGCCGGGAGACUAUUUUCUAUGAUAAGGCCUCAACUAUACAACGCAAGUGGACAACGGUCGCCGUAGUCAUGUCCAUCGCAUCCUUAGCUCUAAGCAGUUAGUUUGGUAGUGUCCUUUUUAUGUAGGCUACAUUCGUUUUUAUGUUUGGACUAGGAACUUUGAUACUCCUUAAUUUUUAAUAGACUUUUAACGGAUAAACGUAAUUUUUUGCGGUAUUUUUAAAAAAAAGCGCUUAUUUUGUACAUGCAUGUAUUUGUAAGGAUAACGAAACACAAAACAAAAACAAACACCACAAUGCGUAAGCAAACGAACCCAUAAAGACAAAAAGGACAACAGUAAAGCAUAACAAGAAAUUCUUGUAUUCAUAUAUUUACCACAUAAAUAAAAUAUAUAUGAUAGUUAUAUACGAUGUAUAGGUCUAAUUGAGUACAGAAACGCUAAUAAAAAAUACGAAAAGAAACAUUAAAAGUGCAUUAAA